GCGCGUGGAGCGCGCGCGCGACAUCUAUCCUAGUCUCUGGACUGAUCGGUCGGUGAUCGAUACCAUUUCGAUAUUGAAAUCAAUACACCUUCACUACUGCUGUCACCAUAACGCGGAGACACACUCGCUAGAAUAGAGGGACGAGUGUGUUGUAUCUCUGCGCUAGUGUGUUAUGAGGCGAAAUGAAUUAAAAAAGUCGUCACUGUGAUCGAGACACGAAAAACGCUUACAAUCGAUUGGAGGAAAACACAGCGCUCAUCUGUUAACGCUAAAACAGUGUGUUACCGGCAAUGGUAGACGUGAGACGUGUGUCGUUACAAUGACGGAAAUGGGUGUAGACGAGACAGACGACAAGGAUUCUCAUCACCAAAUCGUCGAAUGUCCAUAUGUCAUCUACCAUUGCUUUCAUCGCGUGUUGUACACGGCAAUGACACCUAUACAAUGCUCACCGUAGUCAGUUUUAAAUCAGUGCUUUUAGUUGCACAGAAAUUUCAACGGUAGAUGAAUUUAUUUUUGUCAUCAACCUUUACCUUACACGACCAAAAUGUUGUGUGCUUUAGUGAAAAGCACGUGCGUUUGUUUAUAUUCGGUGUAGUGCAAUAGUGCGAGGAUGACGAAUCGGAAAGGAUUUUUAGCUCAACAAAAUACAUUUUUGGAUACCAUAGCAACCCGGUUCGACGGUACCCACAGUAACUUCGUGCUCGGUAACGCCCAGGCGACAGGCUGUCCAAUCGUCUACUGCUCGGACGGUUUCUGUGAACUAACCGGAUAUUCACGAGCGCACGUGAUGGGGAAGAGCUGUUCCUGUAAGUUUCUCCGCGGACCGAAGACGAAAGAAAGUGAAAAGGAGAAAAUUGACGAAGCACUAGAAAACAUCGAGGAAAUAAAAACGGAAAUUCUUCUAUAUCGGAAAGGAGGGUUGACGUUCUGGUGUCUACUGGAUAUUAUCCCAAUCAAGAAUGAGAAAAGCCAGAUCGUUUUGUUUUUGGUAUCCUACAAAGAUAUAAGUCGGGACCGAUCAUCAUCUACUGAUGUCCAGGAGAAGGAGAGUAGUGACGACGACAGUGACGAUGAGCUCGAUGAGAAUUUUCGGCCGCCGAAUGUGCGAUGUCGGGCAGACAUGCCGUCCAACUGCAACUAUCAGCGCAGGCGCAGUAGAGCAGUACUUUACCACCUGUCAGGACAAUUUGAGAAACAAAACAAAGCCAAAAGUAAACUCCAAAAGCUUAACAAGCUCACAGAAUCCAUUUCCGGUAAAAUGCCAGAAUACAAAGUACAGGAAGUGAAGAAAUCGCGCUAUGUGAUAUCGCAUUAUGGGAUAUUUAAGAUAGGCUGGGAUUGGUUGAUUCUGCUGUGUACCUUUUACACCGCUAUCAUGGUGCCCUACAAUGCGGCAUUUACACGCGAGAAUAAUUAUAGAAGUUCAAUUUACUCCGAUGUUGUUGUGGAAAUUCUCUUUAUUAUUGAUAUUGUGUUAAACUUCCGGACCUCCUUCGUUAGUAAGAGCGGUCAGAUCGUGUACGACGGCCGUAUGGUCGCUCUCAACUACAUCCGAGGCUGGUUCUUACUUGAUCUCCUUGCUGCCAUUCCAUUUGAUUUCUUGUAUACUAUUGAUGUUAACACAAAUACUCCAGUACAUUUGCUCAAGGUUGCCCGUCUGCUCCGACUUGCCCGACUACUCCAGAAGAUCGACAGGUACUCUCAGUACAGUGCCAUCGUCAUCGCUCUUCUCAUGCUUCUGUUCGCCCUCACCGCCCAUUGGCUGGCUUGUAUAUGGUACGCCAUCGGCUACCACGAGAUGCUCCACAGCCCUGCACACUGGACAACAGGCUGGUUGUUUGAAUUGAGUGAGCGACUUGAUAAUCCAAUCAAUGCUAACAAGACAAACAGACCCGGACUGAUGACGGCGUACGUGUCCGCCCUCUACUUCACGUGCAGCAGUUUGACCAGUGUAGGAUUCGGGAAUGUGUCCGCCAACACGAACGCCGAGAAAAUAUUUUCUGUGUGUGCCAUGCUUGUCGGUGCUAUGCUGCACGCCGUUGUAUUCGGUAACGUCACUGCCAUCAUUCAGCGGAUGUACGCACGUCGCGCCACCUACCAUUCCAGGACAAAGGAUCUGAAGGACUUUUUUCGCACCCAUCACAUCCCGAAACCUCUCAAACACCGAAUGCAGGAAUACUUCCAGACAAUGUGGUCCAUGAAUAAUGGCAUGGAAGCAGGGGAGAUUUUAAAAGAUUUUCCAGACGAGAUGAGGGGGGAGAUUUCCCUACAUCUACACAAGGAUUUACUUUCUCUCCCGAUAUUUGAGAACGCGACGCAGGGCUGUCUGAAGGCCAUCUCCCUCCACACACGUAGAGCAUUUUCCGCCCCAGGGGAAUUUAUCGUCCAUAAAGGCGACGCCAUCAACUACGUCUACUUGUUAUGUAGUGGGUCAAUGGAAGUUCUAAAGACGGAAAUGGUAGUGGCCAUCCUUGGGAAAGGUGAUUUAUUCGGGACUGACAUCAACCUCGAGGAUCCUGUUGGGAUAUCGUGUUGUGACGUCAGAUCUUUGACGUAUUGUGAACUUCAGGGAAUCAAUAUCAAGGGGUUAGCGGAAGUUUUAAACCUUUAUCCAGACUUCGCUGAAAAGUUUACUCAAGAUAUUCGCCAUGAUCUCACAUAUAACCUGAAGGAAGGGACAGAUGAGUCUGACGGUGAAUAUGAAGAGAAACUUCCAAUAACAAGAGUGAUGACGCUUCCUUCAAUCUCGGAGGAUGACGAAGAAACAGACAGUGAUCACGUGUUUCAGAGGGCAGAUAACUCUAGCAGUCCAAACUCGCAGAAAGAUGGCGGUAGGGAGUCCAGUCCCUCCUCACCUCUCCUUGCCGAUAAAUCCUUCACCUUCAAUAUCCCUAACGGGGACAUCGAGAGGCUCAACAGAGAACUGACAAGUCCCCUGUCAAUGAAGAGAGGUCCUUCUGUCACUAGCCCUAGUCCCGCCACGAAGAGGGGUUACAACACACAGUUCCGUCGAUCGUCCCUCAGGAAGCAGCGUAACCUAGCCACUGCGGCUGAAAAGGUAAAUGGCAUUGAAACCAUGUCAACUUCGUUACAAAACCUACAGACAGAUUUUGAGGGAACACGAACGAAUAUAUUCCAGAUAGAAAAGAAAGUGGAUACUAUAGGAAGUGAACUAACUCACAUGGACGAAAGAUUAAAAUCUUUAAUCGAAAUACUCACUCCGAAUCCAAGUGUUCAUUCGGAAUCCCCUCCAAAUACACCUUUUACACCUUACACUAAGCCCCAAUUUUCUUUUGGAUCUCCAACAUCUGAAGAUAAUGUGAUAAAUAUGCCCAGCCAACAGAAGGGGUGUAAAUUAGAUGUGCCUUGCUCUUCCAAAAAGAGGAUUAACCCUCAAGGAUCAAAGCCUAGAGCUUCACUGUUUCCUAAAAUUCAUUUAGACAACAUUCCUUCCAUUAACAAUGAUGACUGGCGUUAUAAAGCCAACAAAAGUUGUGAUAAUAUUUACCUUAAUAACAAUGACCACCAAAUUCUGGAGCGUCGCCAUAGUGACGGUCCGCCAGAUCGUAGAUUACAGACAGAACUCAACGGAAGUGUCUGUGUUCCUCCAGAAAAACUUCCGGCCCAUGUUUUUGGUCAAUUGGAGACGCACUCGGUUCGUCCAAAUUGUUCUCCUGAUGUCCAUCCGUCACGUCUGGGUUAUUCCCAUAGUCCACCGCAGGCACAUCCGGGUCGUUUAAAUAGUCCUGCAGAAACACACCCAGGUGAUUCGGUUGGUCAACCUCCAUCGCUUGGCUCACUUGACUUCGUAUGUGAUAUAGACACCAGGAAGUUACAGCGCGCGAACUCGGUCGAGUGUAGAUACAAAGGUCCUUCUGGGGGAACACAAACAGUCCACACAAUUAGCACCGGGGAUUGCAGCAAACCGUCUAAGACAGUCCGGAGAAUACCGCGGAGUAUAGUGCUACAAGGUCAACAUCUUCCCAGUGCUAAAAAUAUCCUAGAAACUACUGAUUUGUAGUUAUAAUAUUUCAAACAUUUGCUGAAAUAGCGGUCGCUAUUCAAUAUUACCUAAUAAGAGACAAACUUUUCAUUAUCAUCUUCCACACUUUUGCUUUACACAGGGUAAACGUUAUGGCACUGCAAGUUUCAUCUAAGAGCCGUUGAAAUAGGUUUGUUUUUCAACAAUGAACGUAGUAAUUAAUGAACACAUUUAAAGCAACAUUGCAAUAAAUGUUUUCACAAUCGGGAUGACGCAAUCAAAAAUAUAUUCUAAUAUAUAAAUCGUAUCUAAUAUUUUUUGAAUGGUUGUUACCGUUGUCAAAUCCUAUUGAGCAUUUUUGAUCAGUUUUCAUCUGAAAUACAUCAAGAUAUAAAUUUCAGGAACUUUUGAAAUGAAAAAGAAGAACUAAAAAGCAGUAUUACUGAAUUUAAAAAAAGGAAAUAUAAAAUAAAACAUUGUCGUCAAAUAAAUAUUUAUUGAAUAAAGAUUGGAAAGUCACAACCAACGAAAAUAAUGUUUUUGUAAAAAAACUAUUUUGAAUAUACUCUUGUACACAAGUUAAUUACAAAAUCAGGGUCCAGUAAUAUAUACUGUUAUCUAUUGGAAAUUACCUUAAUACAAGUCUAUUUCCACAGUGUCCCCUAACGCUCUCUACACUACAAACUCGAACGCCCUGUAAGAUAAAUUAAUGAAAACAUUAGAACAUUAUCAGGAAAACUUGUUAAAACUGUUUUUGAGAAGUACAGUUGUCAACCGAUAUUAUUUAAUACAUACACAUGAAAGAUACUAAGUUAUUUUGUUAUCAGAAUAUUACACAAUUUGGAAUACUACCGAUAUAUUUGUUAUUAAUUAUAUAAGAGAAAACGGACUUGCUGCUGCUGCACCAUAAUAUGGAAACAUGCUGAAAUAUUUAUAAAUAUUUCUAACUAGAGUUUUAGGGAAAGAUUGAUUCCCGUUUGUACUUGCCUGCAAUGCUUAAAUAUGUUUCGUGUCACAUCUUCAUUGUACAAAACUUAUCAAACUACAAUUUUAACGACAAACUAAGAAAGUCGACCAUUUGUUUUUAAUAGUUUUUCUGGUAUUUUUGAGGAAAUUCAUUUCUUCGAAAAAUAACACAAUUACAUCCACCAGAAAAAACUUGAUUUUCACAUAUACUGUAUACCAUCUUUUUUUAUGCACAUAUGAAUACAAUUUUCUGACAUUGCUGUUAAGAGAAUGUUGAUUAAUACCAAAUGCUUAUUCAUUAGACAAGAGAAGAAUGUUAAGUCUUUUUUAUACGUAAUGUUUUAAAUUAAGAUGCCUCAUUUAAAUGUACGUAUACCAUAAUGACCAGGCGAUAACAACAACAACACAGUUUUGUCUUUUCAAUAUUGUACAACAAUGGAGCCAUUAAUUCGAAAAGGAACUAAUUUGUAUUUACCAGUUUCAGGAUUGCUCUACUUUAUAAAUUCAAAAUGUAGUAUUUUAUCAUCUUUGUAUCAUGCAUAUGUCACUACCAUUUCCAGAAAACUUAGAAACGUCAACACUUUAUUUGUAUCUUAUUCUGCCAGUUUGUCGUGUUCGGCAGAAAUCAUUUGUUAUCGAAAAAACCGUUAUUAUAUCCCAAAGUUUGAUGAUAAAUGCAUGUUACAAAGUUUACAAACGCAUUAUCUCAACAGACUUUUUUUUAAUUAUAUAAUCGUGUCUACAAUUGCCUACCAAGCUAUCAAAGACAAGAUUUGCCAAUUUGGUAUAGUACGAGAGGGUGACAUUGUGUAGAGUUUUACUGUGCAACGAUUGGGCAUGCUUUAGCUUUCCUGUGUUCCUUGGAAGCAGUUGGUAUGGUAUAGUAACCCAUCAACUUCUGACAUUUAACCAUGUAUCAACACUAACGAUUACGAAACAUAAACUUGUGUCGAUACCACUUUCUUAUUUGAAAGAAGUAACGGUAUGGUAUUUCAUAUGUAAAACCGUCUUCAAUGAUGUAAAAUUAUCAAAAAUGGGAAGUGGUCGCUGUCUGCAAAUUAAAAUACUUUGAAGCAUAAAAAUGAUUUCACUCAAGAUGUAGAAAAGAAAAAAAAAAAGAUUUUAACGUUUUGCUAUUGGUUAUUCAGAUUUAAUUUACUUUUUUAUUGCAACAUUAGCCCCUAACAUUGGUCUGAUUAAAUUAAGCCAUUCAAUGAAAUAUAUAAAUGCAAAAUUUGUUUUGAACACAAAUUUGGAUUGAACACUUAUUUUGUAAGAAAACAGAUGUGUUUGAAAGUUCGUAAAAUAAGUUUUCAAUUCCUGUUUGAGUUGAAAACGAACUUAGCAUUCAAACGAAGAGUUUAAUAUCGGUUGGCGACUGUUGUAGGAUGAAGCCUUGAUACUUAUGUAUGUUUAUGUUUGAAAUCAAUAAAUUGCUCAUUAAGGAAAAUAAUGCCAGAUGUACAAAGCUUAUAGUUUGUAUAAUAAAUUAGUUUAUGAAGAGAUAUGAAACUUCAGUACAUGAACUGAAUAUUGCACUGUAAUUGUGUGUAGGUAAAAAAGAAUGUAUAGACAAAUAUUUUGGAUGUCAUUUAUCAAGACCAAGACUAAACGGAAAGUGUGAUAUUUUUUUGUGUCAUAAUUUUUUCCAUUUACACGGAACUGUUGUUUUCGUCAUAUAAAAUCAUAAUACAUAUGAGAAUCAGUACCGUAUUAUAGCCACUGAACUAUGAAGCUUUUAGGCUGUAACGGCCAAGUUUAAUGAGAUUCUGCAGCAUAUUGCUAAGUUCGCUGAGGAGACUGUGUGAUAGCUACAACUAUUAUUGUGUGGUGGGAUGGAAGCUUUGUUCGUGUUACAAUGUACCAAGUCCUUGUAACACACAAGUCCAUACCAUUAAAUUUGUUAAUUGAUCCAUUUGGCUAUGAUAUAUUGUCUCUCUUUUGUUACAAUUGUUAAUACAUUAAAAAACAU